UUCGUUCAAAUAGAUUGUGUGGUUCCGUUUCUGAAUUUUAUUUCCAAAACAAGGAAGUGCGCACAUUUCUCUGUUUAAAAAAAACUUUGAUUCCUGAUUCGGAAAAGUGAUUUUCAAAUAUAUUUCUGUGUGAAGGAUUUCGUGUCAUCAUGCCUGUCGAAGUGGCACCUAUUACUGCACCAGCACACAAAACAAUUCCGGCCUAUAAUGGGUACAGUCAAAUCGAGCCGAAAAUGAACAAGCUUUGCCGCCAGCUGUCAAUCGAGAGUCCUUGUAUGACAGGGCGUGACUGCGUCUUCAGCGUCGAUGUCCCGGUACCAGAUGUUCCAGAAAACGGAGCCAGGAUACGAGUCGUCUGCGCUGGAGCCUGCUACCAGCCAAGACGUUCUCCAAGUCUCUCCAGCCUGACCUCCGUAUCAAGUGGAAGCAGUCUUGCCACAGAUGUCUCACUCGAGGGAGACUUUCCCCACAUCCUGCCCCAUCACGGAGUCCGAGAUGCGGCUCUUUUCCCAGGAUAUGAAGUUGCUGGAAUCGUCGAGUCCUUGGGUUCGAAUGUACCAGAUGAUGGUAGCUGCCAGGUUGGAGAUCGAGUCAUCCUCUACCCCUAUUAUGAGGGCAUCCCCAAUGGGUACGUCGAGUACCUGGUGGUUCAUGAUCUCAAAUUUCUCAUCAAGAUUCCGGACACAAUGCCUCUGAGCGUUGCAGCCAUGCUUCCAGCUGGAGCCCUUCUUGCCAUGAACACAGUCUUUGAAGCACAUGAACAUGUAGAAAAUUUGUUGAAGGAGAGGGGAGCCAACAGUCUUUGCAAAAUCCUCAUUGUUGGAACUGGCGGUCUUGCCCUCUGGGCUCUCAGAAUUGCGGCUUAUCACUUCGACUGCAUGAAAGAUAGAGUUGCUAUUUCUGUGGCUACUCUUAAGGAUGAUGGGCUUCUGCUUGCACAAGAAUUUCAACGAGUGAACGUGGUACAAUGGAGCGAGGACCUCUACGAGAAACAACUUAUUGAGCGCACCAUGGACGCCUGCCAGGGUCCCGUAGACGUCGUAAUCGAUUUUGGAACAACGUCUCGUAGUCUUCACCGUAGCUUACAAUGCCUAAGUAAGGGUGGUGUAGUCUUCGUCAUCAAAGAAGUUGCCGACAGACUUCUUCCCAAAUUCAGCAGACGGGUAGACGAGAGACAGCAGAGCAUCAAGCCGGUGGAACCAGGAACCCUGGACCAGCUCAGACAUCUCGUAGAGUUGGUAGCAUCAGGCGAAUUGGAACCACCACCUCAUAGUGUCUAUCCGGCAGAAGAAGCCAUGGAGGUGGUCCAUAAGCUCUGCCAUUCAGAAAUACAAGGCAGGGCCAUUUUGCGUUUUUAUCCGGCUGAUUAAAGAGCCAGCUCUUGAGGAGCUUCCUUGUUCGCACGAUGGGACGUCCUGAUGAUUGAUGAUUAUUUCAUCUCGCAACUACGCUUUGUGAGUUCGAUUCAGGCGUAGAUGAUCACGCGUUAUUUGCACGCGUUAUUCAAUAAGUCUCAUACUCGCCAUGGUUUCUUUGAGCAAAGUAAUGGCUAUGCUAGUCCACGGUUCAUGGCCUCGAUUAAUCAGCGACAGGUGGAGUAAUCUCAGUUCUAGAUCUAACUACUCUAAAUAUUAUUCUCUUUUUUAUGUCAGCGCGUCUUUUUUAUAGUAAAAUUGUUUCUAUUUUGUUUGAAAAUUAAGAGUCCAAUUUUGUUAGAAUACGUUUGAAAUUUAAAUUUGGAGGCUCUGAGCCAACCAAUUCUUACAAAAUGGGAACGGCAGAACUGCAAUACGCCAUCUGGUAUAAAAAAA